AUGAUUGAGGAUAACCACUCCUUGACAACUGAAUUUAUCCUCAUAGGAUUUACAGAUCACCCAGAGCUGAAGACCUUUCUGUUUCUGAUGUUCCUUACCAUCUAUCUCAUCACCAUGGUGGGGAAUCUUGGCCUGGUGGCACUGAUAGUUUCAGAGCGUCGUCUUCACACACCAAUGUACAUCUUUCUGGAUAAUCUCGCUCUGAUGGAUUCCUGUUGUUCCAGUGCCAUUACCCCCAAAAUGCUAGAGAACUUCUUUUCUAAAGAUAGAAUGAUUUCCCUCUACGAAUGCAUGGCACAAUCUUAUUUUCUCUGCCUUGCUGAAACUGUAGAUUGCUUUCUCCUAGGAGCAAUGGCCUAUGAUCGCUAUGUGGCCAUCUGCAACCCACUGCAGUACCACACCAUGAUGUCAAAGAAACUCUGCAUUCAGAUGAUCACAGGGGCCUACAUAGCUGGAAACCUGCAUGCCACGAUUCAAAUAGGGUUUCUGUUCAGAUUAACUUUCUGUGGAUCUCAUCAAAUCAAACACUUUUUUUGUGAUGUCCUUCCAUUAUACAGGCUCUCCUGUGUGGAUACUUAUAUCAAUGAAUUGAUGCUGUUUAUCUUUGCAGGGUCAGUUUUAAUCUUCACUAUUACUAUAGUAAUAAUCUCUUACCUUUUCAUACUUUUCACAAUUUUCAAGAUGAAAUCCAAAGAGGGAAAAGGCAAAGCCUUAUCUACUUGUGCAUCCCACUUUCUCUCUGUCUCAUUAUUCUAUGGUUCUCUUCUUUUCAUGUAUGUUCUACCAAAGUCAGGUAAUGAAGAAGAUAAAGAUAUACCUGUUGCCAUUUUUUAUACUCUAGUGAUUCCCUUAUUAAACCCUUUUAUUUAUAGUCUAAGAAAUAAGGAAGUAAUAAAUGUUAUGAAAAAAAUUAUGAAGAAGACUUUAUAA